AUGAGAAUUAAGCACCACCAUGACUUUGUCAUGUCGAAGAUCCAAUUGGUAGUAAUGCCACCCUUGUCCGAUACUGUUUCUGCUCUCCUUAAUUGCUCUAUUGACUCCCCUGUUCUCAACCAAUAUUGCUUACUCUGUUUUAACUUCUCAGGCCAUUCCUACGAUGAGCUCUACAGUGCCUGCCCUUCUUUCCAAAUCUUCCAACAGUUUCACUCACUUAGCCCUCCUUACCCUGUUAUUAUCACCCCCAACCCUUUCUACUCUAACGCAUCGUCUCCUCCUCCUCCUCCUUCUAUCUCCCUCUCUUCUCCUCCUCCCUGUUGCUUCACAGGUUAUAAUACAGUGAAGCUUAUGAGCAUGAACAUUCUGGACUGCACGCAUUAUAUGACUGUGUACGACACGGAUAAUCUCAAGGGUGUAGGGCCGUUGGACUGGUCUUAUGGGAUGGCACUCACCUACACCAUCCCCAACGUCGGCUGCGAUCGGUGCCAGCACGCCGGUGGCACCUGUGACUUCGAUACAGAGACGGAAGGGAUGCUUUGCAUAUGCUCUACCUCUUCAAACGCUACUAGAGAUUGCGGUAACUUUGGUAGGAGGCAACAUUAACGCAGCUGCAAAUUGGGGUCUAAAACAAACUCCAUUGAUGUUAUUCCAACUGCUAAUUUUGGUGUUUGGAGCACUUGUUAACAUUAAGAACUUAUGGAAUGUGUAUGUGGUGUGAUAUGACACGCUCAGUAUAUUAUCUCUCUGUAUCAGUUAGAAAUU